CGAUACUAUCCCUCCGGCAAGAAAAACAGAAAAUGCAAAAGGCCUGGUUGUAUGAAGAAUAUGGUCCCAAGGAAGUUCUCCGAGUGGGAGAAUUCCCCUUUCCUUCUCCUCUGCCUGACCAGCUCAUUGUUCAAGUUCGAGCUGCCGCUCUGAAUCCUAUUGAUUUUAAAAGACGUCUGUGUCCCAUAUUUCCCUCAGAUUUUCCUGUGGUCCCAGGAUGUGAUAUGGCAGGUGUAGUUGUUUCAAAAGGCAACAAUGUCACAAAAUUCGAUGUGGGAGAUGAAGUCUACGGGAACAUCCAGGACUUCAAUGCUCAGGUGAAGUUGAAGCAGCUCGGGACACUUGCAGAAUUCAUAGCAGUAGAAGAGAGCUUAAUAGCGAAGAAACCCCCAAACAUAUCGUUCGAGGAAGCUGCAAGCCUUCCCUUAGCAGUUCAGACAGCAGUUGAGGGAUUCAUAACUGCAGGAUUUAAAGGAGGACAGACGGUUUUUAUAGUUGGAGGAGCAGGUGGUGUUGGAUCAUUGGUUGUGCAGCUCUCAAAGAAUGUUUACGGUGCGUCUCGGGUUGUAGCUACCUGUAGCACACCGAAGGUGGAGUUUGUUAAGAGUUUGGGGGCCGAUGAGGUGGUUGAUUAUUGGAAAACAGAUUACGAGGAUGUCGAAGAGAAGUUCGAUUUCCUUUAUGACAUGAUCGGUGAUUGCAAGAAGUCCUUUGUGGUGGCUAAGGACGGGGCCCCGGUGGUCGACAUAACGUACCCUCCGUCGCACCAAAGAGCGGCCUAUUCGAGCUUGAAAGUCUCAGGGGAGAUCCUGGAUCGACUCAGGCCUUAUCUUGAGAAUGGGAAGCUAAAGCCCGUGAUCGACCCAUCGGGCCCGUAUGCUUUCAUGGAUGUGGUUGAAGCGUUUCGGUAUCUCGAAACUGGAAGAGCCCUAGGGAAGGUUGUGAUUUCUCCCUUUCCAUCACAGUCUUUCAACUCCUGCUCCUUCAGGGGAGUUAACUGCAAGAAUUGCAUUUCCAAAAGUCGUUGCUCGGGGAACUUCGGCGAUGCUAUAAUGUUGUGACACUUCCUCGGGUUGUUGUCGAGUUACUUGUAUUCCAACUGUAACAGCGAGCGCAGGAUUGCGAGUAUAUAGCACUUGAGAUUUCUAGAACUAAAUUGUACCAGUUUCUUCAAUUAAGCUCGUUUAGAUGCCGUAUUUGAAGCCGAACGGAAAGCAUUCCACGCAACCAUGAUUUCCUAGAACCAUCAAGACAUUAUUAUUUGCAGCC